AGAUGAUACAUGAGGCGAACUUAAGCCAUAAAACGGUGAAGUUUACGGUUGAAAUAUCUGAGACUCAAAUUAAUUUUUUGGAUGUGAAUUUAUCAAUUGUUGAGGGGAACAAUAUUACUAAGUUAUAUCGAAAAGAGACAGAGAGGAACAGCAUACUACACGCUAAGAGUUUUCACAAUCCAGGUACAAUUAGAGCUAUCCCUAAGGGACAAUUUUUGCGAGCAAAACGGAUAACCACAUUAAAUACUGAUUAUGACUGUUCAAGUCAAAUCAUGUUUACACGUUUUUUGGAAAGAGGCUAUUCUCCAUCAGAAUUAAAGCAUACCAUCGAAGAAGUAGCACCUCUAAAAAGGGAAGAAUUAUUACAGAGUAAUGAGAGAGUAAAAAAGAGUGGUAAUAGGAUCCCCUUUGUGUCUAAAUAUGUCAAACACAGUAAGGAAAUUGAAAAGGUAAUUAAGAAAUACUGGCCAAUUUUGCAAGGGGACAAUAAAUUUGGUAAAUUAUUUAUGGAACCUAUUCUAUUUAGUUAUAAAAAAGGAAAAAGUAUCAGGGAUGUUUUGUGUCCAGCAGUGCACCAGAAAGAAAGGAAGCAUAGGUUUCUGGGAGCUCCUAAAAUGGGCACGUUUGCAUGCUUAAAUUGUGUCUGUUGUGCCUCCAUUAUAAAGGGCGAUAGUAUUGAUCAUCCAACGCAGGGUACUAAGAUUCGACUACAUGAUUAUGCGACCUGUGAUUCUAAAGGUGUCAUUUAUAUGCUCAAAUGCCCAUGUGGGUUAGUUUAUGUGGGACAGACAACGAGGAGCAUUAAAACAAGGAUCAAGGAACACAAGGGUGAUAUCCGUAACUUUAAAUAUGACACUUAUACAGACACAGCAGUUGCUCAACAUUUUUUUACAGAAAAACAUACACAUGGGCAACUAAAAUGGGCUGUAUUGGAGGUAGUCCAACCACUGAGCAGAGGAGGUAACUUUAAACAAAAGAUGUUACAAAGAGAGGUGAAAUGGAUCUUAAAACUAAAUUCGCUGGCUCUGAAAGGCUUAAACGAAGCUUGGAGCAUUAAAUGUUUUUUGUAAAUUGUGUCUAAUGCUAAAACUUUUCCUUUUUCAGAAUUCUUUGAUACUGGCCCUUUUUACCUUACAAAGUCAAUUGAAUUAAAAGUUGGGCUAUGAACAUUCACAGUGGUUUGGACAUUCUCAAGGGGUGUUUUCUUUGUUUGGAUGCGUGUCUUGGAAAACCCAAUGAGGGGAAGAAGGAAGCACUUGGCAGCACUUACAAACUAAUUAUACUAAUUUACAGGGGUGGAGCUGUAAAUGGGGGUUGGUUUUAUAAGGUGUGUUUCUAAUUUUAUAUGCAAUCUCAGCAGGUCUGAGAUGCCAGAUUUUCGGACUCUAACUUUUUCCAUCCUCGGGGUAUAAUAAAUCCUGAACUGUAUCUGGUCUG